AAGCGCUCCCGGGCUGCGGGGAAAGGUAGCGGGGCCGGGCGAGCGAGCGGGCCAUGGAGGCGCUGGCGAUGCUGGCGGGGGGCGCGGCGCUCCUGCUGGGGCUCUACGCGCUGCUCUACUCCAACUUCGCGGCGGGCCCCCGGUGCCGGAACGCGGUCAGCCUGCGGGGCAAGACGGUUCUCAUCACAGGUGGAAAUGCAGGGAUCGGGAAGGCCACGGCAGUGGAUCUGGCCCGGAGAGGCGCACGUGUCAUUCUGGCAUGCCGCAACAAAGCAAGAGGAGAAUCGGCUGUAUGGGACAUCAGACGGGAAAGUGGGAACUCGGAGGUGAUCCUGAUGAUCCUGGAUCUGGCCAACCUCAACUCCGUGCGAGCUUUCGCAGAGAACUUCUUAAAAUCGGAGCCCCGUCUGGACAUCCUCAUCAACAAUGCCGGGGUCCUUCAGGAUGGUCAGACCAUUGAUGGCUUUGACCUGGAUUUCCAGAUCAACCAUCUGAGCCACUUCCUGCUGACCCAUCUGCUUCUGGACCGGCUGAAGCACUGCGCCCCCAGCCGGAUAUUAAUUGUGUCCUCGAGUUCACACAACCAUGGGAAGAUCGACUUUCGGACCAUCCAUAAGCCGGCUGAGGGGCCAUGGCAGGCCUAUAAAUCGUACAGCAACAGCAAACUAGCCAACGUUCUCCAUGCAAGAGAGUUGGCCAACCGGCUGGAAGGAACCAACGUCACCUGCUACGCGGUUCAUCCAGGAGCUGUUAGAACCGAAAUUGGUUACGCAAGUCGAUGGUGGUUAUUUAGGAUGGUUUGGUUCCUCUCGGUGUUCAAACGAGAUUGUGACACUGGUGCACAGACCCUCAUCUACUGCGCCACCGAGGAGGGCAUCGAGAGUCUGAGCGGGCAGUAUUUUGCGGACUGCCAGCCGGAAGUGCCCUCACCACAGGCCCGUGAUGACCACAUGGCCAGAAAGCUGUGGGAAUUCAGCGAGAGGCUGCUGGGACUGACCACUUAAGUCGGGAAGGGACAGAGACGGAGUUUGGGUUGUCAGCUAGUAAAGGCGGGGAGGAGAAUGGAAUGCACCUCCGGCAACUGCGUUAUCUCCGUGUUCACAAGGGAAGGUGUGAAGAGCCACCUAAAUAUCACUGCAGCCCAGAGACGGCCUGAUGUUAUUUUCUUUUUCCUACAACUAACUUAACACCUUGGGAUUGGCCUGUUUGAACUGACCAGAUGAACUAUGGGGUAGAGUUAUGCUUGGGAUACUUUUUACCUAUCGAUCUGGCGGGAAACCCUCAGAUCCUGUCUAUUAUGCCUGCUAUCAGCUUCUCCUAAUAAAAGCUCCUUUUGGAAGAAA